AUAACAAACAUGUAUGUUGUUCACAUUAGUGAACAUGGAGAAAAUCUACAAACCACAGUUAUUCCGUGCCACAGAAAACAUAAAUCUUAAAGAAUACUUCGACAAAUUUAAAGCCGAAUGUUUGAACUACGAUGUAGAUAAAACAGCUAAAAGUUUAUUAAAGAAACUCAAGCCCAAAUUGACCACCGAACAACUAAACUCAUUAGCAGAAAAUUGCAGCACAGACUUGUUGAAGAGCCCUGAAAAUUCCUUUACACCCUCCGAACUUCCAACAAAGUAUUAUUACACAUCAAAAUUAGACUCGUACUAUCCAGUCACUGAAAAGGCUUUAACGUUAUCAAGCGUCAGGUACCGCGUGUCCGUUGAGAAAGCACUGUUGGAAAAGAACUUGGGGUUGGAAUCAUUGUUUUUUAACAGGUCCACCUUGAAGCUAAGUGGCACAACACCUGCUGACAAGGCUAAAGAUAUCGAACCAGGCUCCGAAUAUGUGCUAACCAUAUUUGUGUACAAGGCGACCCAUCAGAAACCUUAUCAAAAGACUUGGGAAAGACUGAAGUGUGCUCAAGAGUUUCAGGCCUUAGGAAGCUCUUUGUUGAUUGAUGUUAUUGAAAAGAUACAUUGUGUGACCAAUGAUGGUUUGUUCUUGGAAGUUGAGAACACAGACAUUGAUUUGACUGCUUUAAUCAAUGCCAAAAAAUACUAUCCAUCGCAGUAUAUUUUUAUCGACGGGGUUUUCUACUGCGAUUCUAGGGCCCCCAAUGCUUACGAAUACCCUAAGGAAAUUGCCAAGUGGGCUGCUGAUAAAGGAAUUGGGAAACUAACAAUGGUUCCCAUUGAAAAUGUGAAAAUCGACGCGUUAAAGCCACGUCUGGGCUACCCCUACGUUUAUCUCCACCAAGGCGAUUGCGAACACCUGAUAGUGUUCGCCGACGCCAGACUGAUCCACGCCGGCGACGCGCUGUGCCGCGAGGUCUACCCGAAUGUAACGAGAUUCAGGAGGGUGGCGAACGUUAUGUGUCUCAUAUGCACGCACGUAUUCGCCAAAUGGAUCGUGUACGGUUGCGAUCGAUUGCCGCAGGAAAAGGCCUUCCUGUGCACCGAAUGUUGCAAUUCGUACUGUUAUCUUGACGGGAAAAAGAUCGGCAAGUUUAAGCUGUAUCCGUAUUUCCACAAGGGGUUGAUCAAUAAGCAGUCGAGCGGGGACGAUGUUGAGAAUGAUGAGAUCGAAGACUUUGAUUAAGAAUAUGUUUUAUAUAUAAUAAAAGAUAAUUUAAAAAUUA